AUGCAAGCUAAUAAUGGUGUUGAGAGCAGAGGUUGUCUUGGAUGCUGUACCAAGCCACUGCUUGUAAUUUCUGUGGAUGAACCAUCCAAAGGUCUGAAAAUUCAAUGUCAACGUGUGAAGAAACGUAGUUUAACGGACGAUUUUUGGAGUAUCAGUUCAGGUGAAAUGGAUAACAGUGCAUUCCCAUCCCACAGAAGUAUCUCAUCGAUCAGCACUUCUUAUCAGACUCUUGAUACUCAUAGCAAUGCUGGCAGCACGAGCAACCCUUCUGAAUUUGUAAAUCAUGGCAAGUACUUGCGUCUUCUAUCUUAUCCUCUCAAGACAUUGCUUUUUUGGUUGGAAUGCAACUACGAGAGUUUGCUUGGGACUAGCAAACCUUUUGCCCAGCCCAUCCCUCUAGCCGAAAUGGUGGAUUUUCUUGUGGAUGUCUGGGAGCAGGAGGGACUUUACGAUUGA